CUUUGAUGGAGCAACCGGUGCAAACGGAGACGUGGAAAGCGAGGAGUUUGGAGGAGCUGGUUCGCAUCCUCCAUCGGAUAUUCGCCGAGGACAAAGUCAGCGUGGAAGAAGUCCAGGCGCUGAUGGAGUCGUACGAAAGCAACCCCGAGGAAUGGCUGCAGUACGCCAAAUUCGACCAGUACAGGUAUACGAGAAAUCUUGUGGACAAUGGAAAUGGAAAGUUCAACUUGAUGAUCUUGUGCUGGGGUGAAGGGCAUGGCAGCAGUAUCCAUGAUCACACUGACUCACACUGCUUUAUGAAGAUCCUCCAGGGAAAUCUAAAGGAGACUCUGUUUGAAUGGCCUGAGAAAAAAGGGAAUGGUGAAAUGACAAAGAAAUCAGAACGAGUUUUGAGGGAAAAUCAAUGUGCCUACAUUAAUGACUCCAUUGGCCUGCACCGUGUGGAGAACAUAAGCCACACAGAGCCUGCUGUUAGCCUGCAUUUGUACAGCCCACCCUUCGACAGCUGUAACACCUUUGAUCAGAGGACUGGACACAAGCACAAAGUCAAGAUGACCUUCUACAGCCAGUUUGGAGAAAGGACUCUCUGCGCAACAGCAGUGCCGCAGGAGAACAACUGAGAAGCACCAGCACACGUUUGCAUAAGACCUGCUGAAUGUUUAACCAGGGACAGAAGACUUGCAUGGCUAAAGGCCAACAGCCAGCUAUAUUUCUAUACCUUGUACAUAGAAAUACACUAGGGCAGCUUCCAGGCCACCCACAGUUCCCCUGAGAGAAUGCCAAUUACGGGACACUAAACUAACCAGUGCCAUAAACUACUUCAGAGGUUAGAUGCCUUUUCUUAGGCUCCUGUCAGAAUUAAGUAGUUUGUUUUCUGAUUCUAGCCUGCUCUUAAUUCCACUUCUGAUACCACACAGUAGUGUCAGAAAUAGGGGAUUUUAAACGUCAUCUGACACUACUUAAUAGGCCUAUGUGUAUGUAUGCUCUCAAUGUAAUUAAUAACUAUAUAAACUUCUAAGCUUCCAGUCACUAGUACCUAUGGGUAGUACACUAGAUACAAUUAA